AGGGAGGGAGGCUGGUGAAGCCACGGAUAUUCAUGAAGACGCCAAGUGUUUUUUUUCUCUCGCCGUGGUGACACACUGCUAGUCUGCAGAGAGACGGAGGGAGCGGGGACGAGACAAGGGGAAGGAGACGAGUGAAAGCAAGACGAGGCCCAGCCCAUCUUGCCACUGAUCUUGAGGCGAUCAAGGGGAAUCUACACCGAAGAGAACACACUGACUCAGAUUCGUGGAUGGAUCCUGGCAUAUCAAACCUGGAAUUUUGACAUCUGGACUUCUUAGAUGAGCCAAUCAUAUUUAACACUUCUCCCUAUGCAGAAUUUGGAUCCGACUAACCAAUCAGACAACGGAAAACUGAUCUGAGACUUGGUGUGAAGUCUCCCACGAGCUGGAUCUGGAUUCGUGGUUGUUGCAUUCAUGUGGGAUCAGGUUUACAACUGGGAAAUGUCAUGCGAACAAUACUUCAAGUUGGAUAAACAUUUUAGAAAACUUGGGAAAAUGUUUUCUUCAGCAGUGACAUCAUGAACUCUGACCGGGAUAUACCAUUGGCUCGUCUGUCCAAAGCAGGACGACAUACAGGCGGACUUAUUUUUUCCGAGAAACUCAUCGCUUACACUAAAAUGGAGUGAUCAUUUUCUUUUGUUCCACCGUUGGCUUGUUUAAAAAAAAAAAAAAAAACAGAUCAAAACAAAGGCAUCCAACUCAGACUGAACCUGGGGCCUUAAAGGGGCACUUAAAUGCACCUUUAGCAUUUAACAACAGGUUGGGCGCCCUGUGUCAGCUAUCUGAAGACUGUGGUGUGGACAGAGGGCGAGCGAGGCGGUUGGCUGGCUGAGUCAGCCCUGAUGGGGGCCGGUUGUGACCCGGUCUGACCCCGGUUUGACCUUGCAUUGACCUUUGACCUCUCCGGUCCUGGCUCUCCACCUGCUCUGCUGCCUGGGUUCCGGAACGCUCCGCCCUGGGGCCCAGAACGAGCCAAUCAGGAUGAAGAAGAGCCGCAGCGUGCUGUCUGUGACUGGAGAAGAGGGUAAUGACACAGAUAUAACAGGUUCUGGGGAGAAGGCGGAGUCAUCUCGAUACAGCCAAUCUUAUACGUCUGGGGCCACAUUGGGGGCAGAGCUACGCAGAGGGAGGAGCAGAAGACUCUCGUCUAGUCUCCAGGUACCCUGCUGGCUCCGUCCUCGAGACCGCACUCGUUCACCUGAGGUCCUGAGCAACGUGACACGUCCAACAACUCUUCCCCUCCGCAUCCCGCCACGCAUCUCCAUCACACAAGCAGACGCUGACGGUUACGAAGCAGAAAAUGGCGUGUCACCAGGUCACACCCCUCUGGGUUCGCAGAGUCCAGGCCUCACCCUGCACACCCCCUUUCCCCACGGCCAGAGAAGAGAGUCCUUCCUCUACCGUUCAGACUCGGACUACGACAUGUCGCCCAAGACGGUCUCACGUAACUCCUCCCUCGCCAGUGAAGGGCACACAGGAGAGGAUUUCAUUGUCACACCUUUUGCUCAAGUAUUGGCCAGUCUGCGAUCAGUACGGAGCAACUUCACCAUUCUUGCCAACCUCUCCACACCACCAGUCAAAAGGUCUCCUCUGGGUGGAGUGUGUGUCAGUCCCAGGGCGUUACUAUCAGACCAGCAGUACCAGCAGCUCGCCCUGGACACACUGGAGGAGCUGGACUGGUGCUUGGACCAGCUGGAGACCAUCCAGACACACCGCUCUGUCAGCGAAAUGGCCUCCAACAAGUUCAAGAGGAUGCUGAACAGAGAGCUGUCCCACCUGUCAGAGAUGAGUCGCUCUGGUAACCAGGUGUCUGAAUACAUCUCCAGCACCUUCAUGGACAAGCAGAACGAAGUGGAACCUCCGUCUCCUACUCUGAAAGACAAACCUAUGAGUCACAUCAGCGGAGUGAGGAAGCUGUCUCACAGCUCCAGCCUCUCCAGUUCUUCAAUGCCUCGCUUCGGUGUCAACACAGACCACGAGGAUGAGCUUGCCAAGGAGUUGGAGGAUAUGGACAAGUGGGGUUUUAACAUAUUCAGAGUAGCUGAAUUCUCCAACAACAGACCUCUCAGCUGCAUCAUGUACACCAUCUUCCAGGAGCGAGAGCUGUUGAAGACGUUUCGUAUCCCAGUCGACACCUUUGUCACUUAUGUGAUGACCCUAGAGGACCAUUACCAUGGAAACGUAGCGUACCACAACAGCCUCCAUGCUGCAGAUGUCACCCAGUCCACACAUGUCCUCCUGUCCACACCUGCUCUUGAUGCCGUCUUCACUGACCUGGAGAUCCUCGCCGCUCUGUUCGCUGCAGCUAUCCAUGAUGUAGACCACCCUGGAGUUUCCAAUCAGUUCCUCAUCAACACCAACUCGGAGCUGGCCCUCAUGUAUAACGAUGAGUCCGUUUUGGAGAACCACCACCUCGCUGUGGGCUUCAAGCUUCUGCACCAGGAAAACUGUGACAUCUUCCAGAACCUCACCAAGCGACAGCGCCAGAGCCUCCGCAAGCUCGUUAUUGAUAUGGUGUUGGCCACAGACAUGUCCAAACACAUGACCCUACUGGCUGAUCUGAAGACCAUGGUGGAGACCAAGAAGGUGACCAGCUCUGGUGUGCUGCUUCUGGACCACUACACAGAACGGACGCAGGUGCUGAGGAACAUGGUGCACUGUGCAGACCUGAGCAACCCCACCAAGGCGUUGCCGUUAUACAGACAGUGGACGGAGAGGAUCAUGGAGGAGUUCUUCCGACAGGGUGACAAGGAGCGAGAGAGAGGGAUGGAGAUCAGCGCCAUGUGUGACAAACACACCGCCAUCGUGGAGAAGAGUCAGGUGGGUUUCAUCGACUACAUUGUCCACCCGCUGUGGGAGACGUGGGCUGACCUGGUGCACCCGGACGCCCAGGAGCUGCUGGACACGCUGGAGGAGAACAGGGAGUGGUAUGUGAGCACCAUGCCACAGUCUCCCUCGCCUCCCCCGGACAGACACCUACAGCACGACCGCUUCCAGUUCGAACUCACCCUGGAGGACCUGGAGCACAACAACCACAACCACGUACACCUGAGGAGCAACGGCGGGAGAGACAUCUGCAAUGACGUCGGCGACUCUGACCGAACGUACGACGGCGUAGAAACAGAGAAAGAAGACAAGCAGAAUCACAACAGCAAGCACAACGGAGUCCAGGGUGAAGAUGAGGAGAAUGGAGAAAGACAGGGAGAAGAAGAGGCGGAGGCGAAGGAGAACGGAGAGGAAGAGGGGGAGGAGACUGGAGAAAGAGAGGGAGAAGAAGAAGAGGAGGAGGCGAGGGAGAACGGAGAGGAAGAGGGGGAGGAGACUGGAGAAAGAGAGGGAGAAGAAGAGGAGGAGGUGAAGGAGAACGGAGAGGAAGAGGGGGAGGAGACUGGAGAAAGAGAGGGAGAAGAAGAGGAGGAGGCGAAGGAGAACGGAGAGGAAGAGGGGGAGCAUGGAGAGGACCAAGUAGAAGAAGACGGAGGGCAGGCAGAUGAAGUGAAUGAUGCGGUGGUGGAGGAGGAGGAGACUAAAGAAGAGGAGGAAGAGAAUGAGCAACAUCAGGAAGGAGAAGAGGAGGAAGAGGAAGGGGAAGGUGAGGAUGGUGCAGAAAAUGAAGACAUAGAAGGGGAGUUACAGGAAGAAAAUGAAGAGAGGGAAAAAGAAAGUGAGGGGGAAGAGGAAAUGGAAAAUGAGGAGGGUGAAGUGGAGGAAAAAGAGGAGGGUGAGACAGAGGAGAAAGAAGAGGAGGCAGCAGAGCUGGAGGGAAAUGUAGAAGAGGAGGAGGGCGAGACAGAGGAGAAAGAAGAGGAGCUAGCAGAGCUGGAAGGAAAUGUAGAAGAGGAGGAGGGCGAGACAGAGGAGAAAGAAGAGGAGCUAGCAGAGCUGGAAGGAAAUGUAGAAGAGGAGGAGGGCGAGACAGAGGAGAAAGAAGAGGAGCUAGCAGAGCUGGAAGGAAAUGUAGAAGAGGAGGAGGGCGAGACAGAGGAGAAAGAAGAGGAGCUAGCAGAGCUGGAGGGAAAUGUAGAAGAGGAGGGCGAGACAGACGAGAACGUGGAGGAGGAGACGGCAGAAAUGGAGGCCAAAGUUGAGGUCGGAGAAACAGCAGAUGAGGAAGAGGAGAAAGGAGAGUUGGAAGAAGCAGAAGAGGAGGAGGUGCCAGUUGAGGAUGGAGCUGGAAAGGAGGAAGAAGAUGAAGACGAAAGUUAGUUUGGCGUAAAAACAUAAAUUAACAGGUUCAGCGAAGAAAGGUCAACGAGAGAUAAAAAAAAAAAGAACAUAAAUGGAGCGGGAAAAGGCUUCGACACAUGGCAGUAAGACUGUCAAGAGAGCUGAAGAUGCACUUCUUUCCAGAUAACGUGCUCUGACCACUUUAUCAUGUGACGCUCUCAGCUGAAGGCUCAACUACAGACGUCUUCAACAAACGUCCCAGCUCACAGGCGGACAGCAAAGCACCGGCCGGAGCACAAGCCUUCCUGAACAGCCAGAUUGUUGCGGCGUCUUGAUCAACUGGUAGUGCUAGAAAGACUUCACGUCUUCAUCACCCAGUAUCUGUAACAUCCAUCACUGCCGUAGGGAAUAAAUUGGGGGACAUCAAAAGGGGGGUGAAACCUGUUUUACCUACCUUUUUGUAGCUCCUGAAAUUAAAAUUAAAAUGAAAUGCGCACAUGCAAAUAAGUGCGUGCCUGUUCUCCCGAUCUCAUGGACUACUACCCAUCAUCUCUCUGUCACUGUCUCGUUCAUGAGGAAGAUCUCACACACACACACACACACACACACACACACACACACAGACCAACAACUGUUAAAAGAAUGUCAACUUCCUCUUCUUUUGUCAGAAAAGAGAAAAAAAAAGUCUGGAAAGUGUCCGUCGUCUUAUAUUUACUACAUCUUUCCACUUGUGAACAGGAUGCUGAGAACAGAUUUGGGCUCUGGUCUAGGAACAGUUUAACCUCCUCACAUACUAACCUUAAAGCAACAAUGCUGGAUUUCUGAAAAAUAUCUGGACCGUUUUGUCAAAGUAGAAACUUUCGCAGUCCAGCUCAAAAGGCUGAACUGUUGUACAUGUCGAUGUCAGUUCAUGUUUUAAAAAAAAAAACAAACACCCAGUAUUCAUCCCUUCACCACUCCCAGACUGUGAGUUUGAUUCCCGGGUGAAUCGUGCCAAACUGACCCACGACCAGCACUGAGCAAUUAAGCCUUCCUUCAAACAAGGUGGCUACUUGUCCGUGAAGCAAUGAACUGUGGGACCAGGGUAACGGGUGUGAUGGUCUUCCACAAAUCCCUUUUUUCUUUGUUUUGUUUUUGUAAAAAUGGUAUUUGGCACUUUAUCUAACACCCCUGUUACAUAUAUGUACAUAAUAAACAUGUAUUUUAAUCUGCUGAUGUCAUAAUAAAUAUGAUCAAUAAAGUUGA